AUGCUCCAGGACAGACCAGUAACACCACUUUAGCUUCAAAAAAUCUUAGAACUUAAUAGUUAUGCGGUCAAAAAUAUAGAUCUUUAUUGCUUCAAUUAUGAUUAUCCAUAAAGAAUCAAUAAAGAUUUUUAAGCAUUCAUUAAUAAAUAGCUCAAUUAGGAUAGAGAUAUCAUAUUGCCUCAUUACUUUUUCAUUUUUAUCUUAGAUUUUUUAUUACCUAAAUAUAUUUAAGAUUCAGAUUUAAAGAAGACAUCAAAUGUCUCAAUAUUAAUUUCACAUAAUCUUUGUGAAUUUCAAUGUGUAUGACAAUUAUUAUUAAAUAGCGUAGAUUAUUCUUUUAUUUCUUUACUGCUUUUUUUUAAAGAACCUAUUGAAACUCUAUGGUUUUGGCUGGACGAUAUGUUUCUUAAAAGUUUAACCUAGCUAUAUUGUUAAAUUAACUCUCCAUGUCAUAAUUUCAUAAAUUGAUUUUCUUAAUUAACCUCUUCUUUUCAGAAUGAUAUUCUAAGUCUUGCUGAUUUAGGUAAAUCCUCUAACAUGCUAGUUAAAUUUUGAUUUCCAUUGCUUUAAAUCUUCAAUUCAUAUUUUAAUUUAUUCCUCAUAUAUAGUCUUCAAUUUAUACAGGUAUUUAUUGGUUCUCAAUAGAUUUCCUUCCUGCUCACCCUUACUUUCUAUUAAACUCACGAAAGUGGAUUAACUCGUUGAUUUCCUUCAAAGUCUGAAAUAUAGAUUUCUGUUUCAAAAUGCAAAUUACUAAUUAAUAUAAAUAUAUAAUGGUAAAAUUUGAAGAAUUUUAGAAACUAACACCAAAGGAAAAGAAGAAGGCGAUGGCGGAAUUACAUGAUUUGCGUGGACCUACAUAUUAAAUUUAUAAGGAGAAGCCAUUCCAUCACAUUCAAAAAAAAGUGAAUCCAAAACACAACUUUGGAAUAUAUUCAGUCCCAAAAUAUUUUAUUUGAU